UCUUUGUCGUCCGUCUUUUUUGGCGCAUCCCGUUGCCUGUUGCUGAGUUGAAAAACAGGCUAGGAAUACACAACGAAUGUUAGUAUGUGUGAACCAAAAAGCAUGGAGAAGUCUAGUCGUCUGGUCACAUGUAUGCUGCCAAACUGUUCCCAACCAGCGAGCUAUCAAUUGAUAGCUUCGAAGGAAAACACAGGAGCAAUGUAUGCCACUCAUUGUAGACGAAAUAAGUAUUUUGAAGGCAACCUGAACUUGAGAACCAGAUUAGGAUGCUGCUCUUCCUCCUGUUCAUCCGAAAAAUUCCUGGGGCAAGGCCAAACAAGUCGCGCAUAUGGAAGACUGAAGCUUUCCAUUCCCCCACACCUAUUCUCCAUUGCGGACUAGUGUCAUCACGUGUGCACUGUUUACAUGACGCCCGCCGCGCAGAUCGAGCAUCCGAUCCACAACACCAACACGCUGGCAAGCAAAAUCCCCCCUCCCCCCGCCUAUUCAUUCUUCUUGUUGUUCAUAAAUAUUUGGUCGCUUUCCUCCCGCGACUCCAACACAAUAUAUAAACAUGUCCCACUCUUGGCUACAGAAGAAGAGGAAGGGUGAGCUCUUAGAGCUUGCCCAACGCGCUAGCGUCGCCGACGCCGACUCGUUCCUCAAAGACGAUCUCGUAGCAGCCAUCGAGGAGCGCUUAGAUAACAAUGAGAGCACCUACGCAAAGGAUCCCGUCUUCGUGGAAUACUAUGGUCGCGCCGGAUCGCCAGGCAAGCGCGGAAGCUCGCCCCAAGAACCCGUCGUCACUACGACCAAGACGCGCAGACGCACUUUAAUGAAGAAUUCUGCCUCGUUGGCCGCAGAUGAUGACCGCACGCCUGAUCGCGCUGCUCUUGUGCCGCGCACACCUCGUACUGCUUCCCAGGUCUCACGACGCGUCUCGCAGACCGAGAAGGCCAUUGUAAGCCCGGCUCAACGCGUACUGGAACGCGAAUUACCUCUUCCACCAUCGCCGGCGCAAAUAGCCGACGUCGCGGACCAGUCUUUCCAAGUCGCAAAAACUAAGGCGACCGAGUUGUGGGACAAGACGCGCCUUGAUGAACUGAAAGAGUUCAUCCGGGAGAACGCUAGCUCUGUCAGCGCGAUCCAGACGCUGAUUUUGCUCAUCGAAGCAGUGGGACUUCAGUACAACACGCUAGGCACCUGGUACGCGCUCCACAGCCCAGCUGUCGGAACCACGGUGCACUCGCAUGAAAUCCGUCUGCCAGACGUCUGGCUACUGCUCACAAGCAACUGGUGGGGGCCAGCAACUCUUUGGUCUGUGACCAGCUGGGCUCUCCCCCUCGUCUUCUCCUACUUUUUCAAUCUGACUCUCCGGUCAAAUACCCAUCAUCGCUCCUCGGCCCGCCAGUCUUCGGUAGACCCUCUUACAUUCAACAUUGUCAAGGCUAUCCUUUCCUACAGUGCCUACCACAUCAGCACUCAGGUCGAUGCUGCCUUGGCUGGCCAGCCUAAUGUUGUCGUUGCGCAAACUCCUGGGUGGGGACCAUUUCACGAAUCCAGUGUGAAUGUUGUUCGUAACAAUAUCCCCGGAGGCUACUAUGGUCUCCAAAUUGGCGCCUUGGUCGGCGUGCUUGUCAGUAUAUAUGAUGCUGCACUUAAGAAGUAA